AUGCAAAGCAAAAAAGAAACUUACCUCUACGACUGGCAACCUGGAACAUCAGGACCCUCUUGGACUCCAGUCAAAACACCAGCAGGCCAGACCGAAGAACAGCACUGGUCGCGGCAGAGCUUAAGCGCUUUAACAUCGAUGUCGCUGCUCCAAGUGAGACCAGAUUACUGGGAGAGGGAUCAAUCAGGGAAGAGGGAUCUGGCUACACCUUCUUUUGGAAGGGAUACCCACUGGAGGACAACACCUGCAUGGCGUUGGCCUGGCUAUCAAGAACUGCCUUUUGCUAAUCUCACUGAGACACCAACUGGCAUAAAUGGAAGACUCAUGUCACUCCACAUCCCCCUUGCAGGAAGACAGCAUGCCACCCUCUUCAGUGCCUAUGCACCCACUCUGCCAUCAGAGGAGGACGUGAAAUCCCGCUUCUAUCAGGUACUGGAUGAGGCCCUGCACAAAGUCCCCAAAGGCGACAAGAUCCUGCUGCUGGGUGACUUUAAUUUAAGAGUGGGGAAAAGCAGCGUUGUCUGGAAAGGCAUGAUUGGGCAACAUGGCGCUGGCCACUCCAAUGCUAAUGGGCUAAGGCCCCUAAGCCUCUGUGCAGAACACAACCUUACCAUCACCAACACCAUCUUCCAAAUGCAAAACAAAUAUAAAACCUCCUGGAUGCAUCCUGGAUCCAAGCACUGGCACCUCUUGGACUACAUCAUUGUCAGACACACAGAUUUGAGAGAUGUCCACGUCACCAGAGCCAUGAGAGGGGCAGAGCGCUGGACAGACCAUAGGAUGAUCAUGGACAUGCUCAAACUGAGGAUUUGCCCAGCGCUACGCCUCCAAAAACCCACCAAGAGAAGGUUGCACUGUGCCCGGCUGGAGGAAAUGGAGACAUGCAAUACCCUCCAAUGUUCCCUGGCUAAACAGCUGGAGAACAUUGAUUCUCUCCUGGGCAUGGAGGGGUCGACUACAGACAAGUGGUCCACCCUGAGCUCUUCACUUUAUGAAGCAGCUGCACAAUCUAUUGGCUACAGCAGGAAAAAACACCAGGACUGGUUCGACGAGAACUCCACACAUAUCACCAUUCUCCUCAAUAACAUGCACAAAGCCCACAAAGCCCUGCUCAACAGUCCAUCUUCCAUAGCCCUGAAACAUCAAUGGCAACAUCAAUGGCAAGAUCAAAGGAGAGUGGUCCAGUGUACUCUGAGGCAAACUCAAAAUCACUGGUGGGUAUCCAAGGCCCAGGAGAUACAAUCGCAUGCAGACAGAAAUGACAUGCACAAUUUCUAUGAUGCAAUAAAGUCCAUCCAUGGUCCAAGAACCCAUACUGUCUGCCCUCUUCGAACUGCAGAUGAAUCCUCCCUCAUUAAGGACCAAGCAUUUAUUGUCCAAAGAUGGGGGGAGCACUUUGAGGCACUUCUAAACUAG